AUGGCGCAGGCGUCGGCGGGGGCGGUCCGCGCGCACGCCCUCGGGCGCGGCGCGCAUCAGCGGUGUCGUCAUCGGCUCGGCCAACAUCGUGAGGCGCCUCCGUCGCGACGCGUGCGCACCCACCGCGCGCAAACUACGUCGUCGGCGGGUGCCUCGUCCAUCGCGGCGGAUGACGCCGCCGUCGAGAGGGACACUCGCGCGUGGCUCGAUACCAUGGUCAUCGGCAUGAACCUGUGCCCCUUCGCCCGCGCGGCGUUGCCCGGCACCAAGAUCAUCGUCGCCUCCGACGUCACCGACGCGCGAUCCCUCCGCGAGGUCAUCGCGCGCGAGCUCGCGGUCCUCGCCGAGGCGCCGACGACGCCGCCGGUCACAACUCUCGUGGUCCUGCCCCCAGCCGUCACCGACCGCCUCGGCGCGACGACGCACGAGGGGUUCAUGGAGGGCGCGUACAGGUGCGCGGAGGACGCGACGCGCGAGCUGACGGCGGCGAUGGCGGACGACGACGACGACGACGACGACGCGGGAAGGGAGGACGGGGACGUCAUCGACAUCGUCCCGUUUCAUCCGUUGGCCACGUUCGGCGGCGACGUGUCAGAGGAGGACGAGGAAGAGUCGCGCGGGUACAUAUGCACCUACCUCGACGUACCCGACGACGACGAGGAGGACGAGGAGGACGAGGAGGCGAAGGGCGGUAAAAGCGACGGGGUGAGAUCGCCACCGACGACGGAGGAGCUACGGAGGAUGAUCGAGGCGCACGAAUCCUUCGCGGGGGGCGCCGAUCGACGCGCGGACUGGCGAGCCGUUACGGCCGUUACGAGCGAAUCCGACGCGGGGCCCGCGCACGCGGGGCCCGCACGCGAUGGCCACCCGCCAGCGCCGCCCGUCGAUCCCGCCGACUUUACCGGCAGAUCCCCGCACCCCGUGCUGCACCUGCUCAGGCGGUGCGACGUAUCGGCCGCGGAUGAGGCGUGGUACGGGGAGAGGGGGCCGGGGACGGACAUCCGCGCCGCCAACGCGGCUGCGCUGCGAGCCAAGGGGGAGCGAGACCUGGCGCGGAUGCUGCGCCGGUGCCUGGGGGUCGCGCCAUAG